AUGAAUGAAUUAUUUGAAUAUAGCGAUGUAAAUUCUUUUGAUACAUUGAAUUCCAAUUCCACAAAGAAAUCUUUCGAUGAAUUAGAAGAAUGGGAAAUUCAAAAAAUUUAUGAAGAUUUAAUAACAGUUCUAAACCUUACUAUUAAUGAUCCUUGCAAACCAUUGAAUAAGUCGAAUAGUGGUGGAGUAAUGCAUUCUCAAAGGAAUUUUCCUGGACAUACAUUCGAUUUCAAGAUAUCUGAUGAUCCUGAAUUACUUUCAAUAGGUAAAACUCCAUCACAUUUGGAUAAAAAUAAUGAAGAUACAGAAGUUUUUAAUGCUGCCGACUGGAUGAUUGAGGAUUCUUCAUCUUGGAAAAUUCGAUCUCCAAAAUGA